CCCUCCCUGGGCCAUGACACCGAGGACACAGAUGGGCGCAGGACAGGAGACCCCCCACAAGGAGCCCCUGGAGGGGGACAGCUGCUACCCUGCCCUCAGGACUGGGACCAAGGAUGUUGUCACCCUGGAGCCACCAACGUGUCGUGACCCCUCCGGGUGCAGCCUGGAUCUCCUCCUGCUUCUUCCCAGCAGCCAGGAUCUCAUCCCAGCAGAGGAGGAACCCAGGUAGACAGCAAGGUCCUUCACCUGGCCAGACCUCGGGAUCAGAACAUGCUUCUGCCCACCUUCCCUGCACGCGUGGAGCAUGCCAGGUGUCCCCGUCCUCCAGCCAUCUCCAUCUGCACCCUUGGGGACCUCAUGUAGGAUGCAAAACACCCGCCCCACCUGUGAUGCUGGAGGUGAUGCUGGAGGUGCUCCAACACAAGUCUCCCUGCCCAUGUACACGUGGCAUCGGCUGCACCAGCUGAUUCAGUGGACCAUCUGAAAUGCUUGCUCUUACCCUUGCUCUUCAAUGACUCCCUGUGCCACCUUCCCUGGAGCAGGAGGCUUCUCUGAGCAACAGAGGCAUCCGACAAGCCCUUUCCCUUCCCCACGAGGCGUUCCCUGCCUCCAACAGUGGCUACUGCUCUCGGUGCAAUGUUUGCAAGAGGAUGCUCACCUAAAAUCAGUGUCCCGUGCGGAGGGGCAGUGCAGGAAGUGGUUUGAAACCCAAGUAAAGUGGGUACAGCAAGUUACGGCUUCAUUUCUUCAUACCUUGGUGGCCAUUUCUAACUUACUCAACCUUAUUUUAUUUUAUUUAAACAACUGGAGGAAAAAAAUAAUUGGCAAAAGGAGCUUGCUUUGCCUUCCACCCUCCGUAUGAAGGUCUCUCCAGACAUUUGCCCUGAGGCAAGCAUUUCUGGGGGUGGUUGAUACCAAGCAGCCACACCAAUCUCCAUUGGCUGGCUGCGGGCUCCAGCUCACCUUCAACAAAGCCCAAAACUGAAUUCGUAGCUUAGUCAGAACUUUGUUGUAGUGAACUCAAGGUUUGUUCCUGAGGUUGAAUCCUAAAAGCAAUGCCAAAUCAAUGCCUGCCACAGCUGUUUUUGACCGAUGAGAUGGUUGAAGUCCUCAGGUCAACCACGAGACCCCAUCCCAGACCUGGGUGAGCUGAAGGGGAGGGAACAGUCGUGACAAAGACGGCAGCUUAAGCCAAGCAAGAAAGGAGAAUAAGAGCUAGGCAGGAGGACAUGGUGUCUGGUGUCCUCUGCUCGGCAAUUAAUAACUGGGAGAUCCUUGGCUGACCUGCUGCCAGUUGUGGUCCCACGGGCAUGUCUGCAGCCUCACCACCCACAUUUGCCGGUGGGGAUGGAGAAGAGGACCUCUUGCAGAUGGCCUCAGUGGGUUUGGGCCGAAUUCCUGCUUCAGAUCUGAAUGACAUAGUAGCUGAAAGUGGAAGAGGCUGCUCUCCUUCCCUGCCAAGAGCACUUGCUGCCUGUCCCAAGCUUCUGAGAUGCUCCUGAAGGGUUGCCAUGCUGGUGCCCACACCUGAUCCACUGGUCUCAGCCCCUUUGGUGGGGCCAUACCGGAGUCUGCUCCCCAUCAAGGUGAUGGGCUAUUUGAUGCUCAUCCAUUUUCUUGUCUGUUGGCUAUGGAGUCUGCAUUGUGUAUGAGCAGGCACACUCGCUGGGGCGAAGCUAAGACACUACAACCAAGCCCUGCAACUCCCCCAGCCCUCCCCGUCCCCCUUCUGAUGUCCUCUUGCACAGUGGACCUAUGCGAUGUCACCCACAGCAGCUGCGGCCAGAGGAUGCUUGCUGGUCACCAAGGAUCAAGCUGAAAGUAGAAGAUUCAGUUCCCCUUCAUCCACUGGACUCCACGUGAUGCAAGAGCCACUGAGGAGCCGGGGGAUGGAGUGUGGAAAGUGUCCUCUCCCAGCUGCCUUCAUCACGUCUUCAGCAUAUUUCUUCUCUAGCUGGUGAUGGUGGACCUGAUCUCAGCCCCUGCCAAGCCUACCUCUUCCUGCACCCCUGCCAGGCUGGGAGAAGCUUCUCCAAAAGUCCUUUGCUGUCCGCUGGGCACCCUAUGGGCGACAGACUAUCCAUCCAUGCUGGUCUUGGGGCUGCAGAGAUCCUCCUCAUCCUAGCAGGGCUGUGUGCGUCAGGUCCUGCCAACGUAAGGCUGGUGAAUGGCCCUGACCCCUGCACGGGCCGGCUGGAGGUGUUUUACAAUGGUACCUGGGGGACAGUGUGCGAUGACCACUGGGACCUCAAUGGCGCCCGCGUGGUCUGCCAGCAGCUGGGCUGCGGGAUGGCGCUGUCGGCCGUUGGCGGGGCUCGCUACGGGCGAGGAGCAGACCCCAUCUGGCUGGACAACGUACGGUGCACUGGGACAGAGGCUGCCCUUUCCGAGUGCCAGGCACGACCCUGGGGAGCCCACAACUGCGGGCACGGGGAAGACGCCAGCGUUGUGUGCUCAGGGGCACCCGUUCCAGGUUCGACCCAUACCAGGCUGGUGAAUGGCUCCAGUUUCUGCUCUGGCAGAGUUGAAGUCUUCCACAAUGGUGAAUGGGGUACCGUGUGUGACGACAACUGGAGCCUGGAGGACGCCAAAGUGGUGUGCAGGGAGGUGGGCUGUGGCCAAGAACUGUCAGCUCCGUCCGGGGCUGCCUUCGGGCAAGGGUCGGGGCCCAUCUGGCUGGACGAAGUGACCUGUGCUGGGACGGAGGCUGCCCUUUCUCUGUGCUGGGCCAGGUCCUGGGGAAGCCAUAACUGCAACCACGGAGAGGAUGCUGGCGUUGAAUGCACAGAACCGACUCAGGUCCGGCUGGUGAAUGGCUCCAGCCGCUGCUCAGGGCGAGUUGAGGUCCACCACAACCAGCAGUGGGGGACAGUGUGCGAUGACAGCUGGGACCUGAACGAUGCUGAGGUGGUGUGCCGGCAGCUGGGCUGCGGGCUGGCCAUGUCAGCCCCUGGCAGGGCUCUGUUUGGGAAAGGACACAGUCCCAUCUGGCUGGAUGAGGUGAACUGCACUGGGAUGGAAGGUGCCAUCACUGAAUGCAGCUUCAGGCCCUGGGGAGCCCAUAACUGCAACCACAGUGAAGAUGCGGGUGUCAUAUGCUCAGACCCCACGGAGCUACGGCUGGUGAAUGGCCCGAAUCGCUGCACUGGGCGCCUCGAGGUGCUUCAUGACCAGCAGUGGGGGUCCGUGUGUGACAACGACUGGGACAUGGAGGAUGCCAAAGUGGUGUGCCGGCAGCUGGGCUGCGGCGCUCCAAUCUCUGCUCCAGGCUGGGCUAGGUUUGGCAGGGGCUAUGACCCCAUCUGGUUGGAGACGGUCAGCUGCCAGGGGACGGAGGCUGCCCUUACCGAGUGCAGAACCCAGAUGCAGGGCACCCACAGCUGCCACCACGGGGAAGACGCCAGUGUGGUGUGCUCAGGUGACCCCCCAACCGCAUUCCUGCCGUGUGUCUGUAGGAAAAGCUGUGCCACCACCGAGCCAUACGUCCCUUUCCUCCAGAGGGAAGGGAAUGAUAAUUCCCUUGAUACUAGUGAUAAUCAUGAUAAUAAUGACCCGAUGGCACUUCAGUUGGUAGAUGGCCCACACCGCUGCGCUGGGAGGGUCGAGGUGCUUCGUCAGGAGGAGUGGGGGACAGUGUGUGAUGAUGGCUGGGACCUGCAGGAUGCCGAGGUGGUGUGCUGGCAGCUGGGCUGUGGGGCAGCAGUGGCAGCCCCGGGCUUCGCUCACUUUGGCCGGGGACGUGAUCCCAUCUGGCUGGACGAAGUGAACUGCACAGGGACCGAGUCCGCCCUUUCCGAAUGCAGGGCCAAGCCGAAAGGAGUUCACAAGUGCCACCACGGAGAAGACGCUGGUGCGGUGUGCUCAGACCCUACUGAGGUCCGGCUGGUGAACGGCUCAAAUCGCUGCUCUGGGAGAGUUGAGGUCCUGCACAACCAGCGAUGGGGAAGUGUGUGUGAUGACAACUGGGACCUGGAUGACGCAGAAGUAGUGUGCCAGCAGCUGGGCUGCGGGAUGGCUGUAGCUGCUCCACCCAGAGCUCAGUUUGGGAUGGGGCACGAGCCCAUCUGGCUGGACGAUGUGAACUGCACUGGCACCGAGGCUACCCUGUCUGAGUGCAGGGCCAGACCGUGGGGAGAGAGUAACUGCAACCACCAAGAAGAUGCCAGCGUGGUGUGCCAGGGUCUAGCUCAGCUCCGGCUGGUGAAUGGCUCCAGCCGCUGCUCCGGGAGGGUCGAGGUGCUUCGUAACCAGCAGUGGGGGACGGUGUGUGACAACGGCUGGGACCUAAAUGAUGCCGAGGUGGUGUGCCAGCAGAUGGGCUGUGGGGUGGCUGUGUCAGCUCCAGGCUCGGCUCAUUUUGGGCCAGGGUCCAACCAUAUCUGGCUGGGUGAAGUUGAGUGCACGGGGGCAGAAGUUACCCUCUCCGAAUGCAGGUCCAGGAUGGAGGAACCCAUUAAUUGCCACCAUGGGGAAGAUGCUGGUGUUGUGUGCUCAGACCCCCCGGCAUUGCGGCUGGUGAACGGCUCAAGCCUCUGUGCUGGGAGAGUUGAAGUGCUCCACGAGCAUCAGUGGGGGACCGUGUGUGAUGACAACUGGGAUGAAGAGGAUGCCACGGUCGUGUGCCGACAACUGGGCUGCGGGACGGUGGUGUCAGCCCCUGGUGCAGCUCAGUUUGGGAAAGGGCGCAAUGCCAUCUGGCUGGAUGACGUGAACUGCACAGGGAAGGAGGACACCCUCUCGGAGUGCCUGGCCAGGCCAUGGGGGACACACAACUGUGACCAUGGGGAAGAUGCCAGUGUGGUGUGCUCAGGCUAUGUUACCGUCAGACCUCCACAGCCUCUGCCACUGCGCCCAUUGCUGGUCUUGAUCAUCCUUUCAGUCUUGAUGCUGGUCUGCGGGGCUCUUCUGUACCAGAGGAGGAGGCGAAUGCAAAACAGGUCUUCUAAUUUCCCCCAAGGUUCUGUGCGCAUGGAGGAGCUGGUUGUCUCUGACACGUACCUCUUGAUGCCGGGAGAAGAGCAAGCAGCAGCCAAGGUGGCUCCUGCUGGGAAUGCUGACAACAAGAGAGCUCAGCACAGCCUGUGACCAGCCCAGACCUAAAACUCCAGUGAUGCAGCUCCGUCCCAGCACACAGCUCUUUCACCAAGGGCCCAGGACCACCUCAUCUCUACAGAGCUAGGUCACUACAUCCACCACCCAUCUCCAUGCCCACCUUGGUCAGUUAACCUGAGCGAUACAAGGCAUGACACAUACUGUGUGGCACCAAUGGCCUGCCCGCAGAAGAUAUUUGAU